CUUAUAUUAUAGAUUGUUAGGAGUAACAGUGAAUUGUGAAUAUAACCUUAGUCCGUAUGGAAAACAAUAUUAGCCUAAUAUUACAUAUGUCGUACGAUAAGCUUUUCGGAUACAUUGAUUGGCGUACGCGAAGCAAUCCUAGAAAUAUUCUAUUUAUUAACCAAUCAACGUAUUCGAAAAGAUUGUCGUACGACAAAUGUAAUAUUAGCCUUAGGCCAAAUUCCACAACUUGCUUUAAACGGAGUGAAUUCGGUUCUGGACACGGAACGAGAACGAUCAGUUACUCCUUGUCAAUAUAACCUAUUCCUCUCAUUUUAUAUUUUAGACCUGGCAUUCUCACAAAGUUUUAUCGCUAAUCCCACUGUUGAUUACAUUCAUUCGAGUCGAAAGGUUUUUCGUCACGCACUGCAAGGCUCACUUCGGAAUUUUAUACCAUGGAUAUAGACAAAGGAAACCUCGAUUCUGAUAAGGACACGUAAUCUCCUCUAAAUACCCUUGAUGACAGAUCGCAGUAUUCUUUAUACGCGGAAUCGACGGGGUAGCGGCCAAUAAAAUGGUGGAAAACGUCCGUCAUGGAGGAGAAGGCACCUCCUCAUUACAUAACCCAGCUACCGGAAAUACUCGAAGUCAAGCAUAUUCACAAGAGGAUAGUUGAUCCUGCCGAUAAAUCCAAGUUCGUUUAUAUUCCAUCCAAUAUGAUAAUGAUAACAUUUGCAGGCCUAUCCGCUCCCAAAGCAGCUAUCUAUUUUGGGAAAAAGAUCAGAUUUGCACCAUAUAUACAGAAAGUAAAGAGAUGCAACAAUUGCCAACGUUUCGGUCAUAUUGAGGCUCAAUGCAGAGGUGGAUCGAGAGCCAUGAUGUGUGCAACCUGUGCGAGCAAGGGACAUCAUUCGAAAAGUUGCUCAUCAUCUCAUCUGGCUUGUAUAAACUGCCUGCGGAGGAAACUUCCCUUCCCUAAUCAUAGAACCAGCUCGGACAUAUGCCCGACUUUCAUUGAAAAUCGAAGAGCGAAGAUUGUCAUGGCGAAGUUGGGUCUGAAUCCAUCUGAUGCCAUGGCGUUCUAUAAAUCCACUGGGCAUCGUCUACCAGACAAAUGGUUCGAAAUUAACAGUGCUGAAGAAUCUGCUACGUUUGCGGACUUUAUCCCUUGGUUUAAGGAGAGCGACUACUUUUCGGACUUGGACCCCGGACUGUCGACUAGCGGAGAGAACAUCCUGAAAAGCCAUCCGGAAGACAACUUACCUAAAAACAAGAUAAAUCCACAUAAGUCUAAUAAAUCUCGCAGAACCUCACUACCACGCAAGAGGAAAAGAUCGAUAAGCUUCAACCUUCCUUCGGAGCAGAUGACACCUUCCCCAUCUGAGGAUAUUCCCGUAAAUGACAAUCCAAUCCCUCCAAAUCUGGGAGCCCCUCCUCCAACUUUACCCCUGGCUGGGCGGGGAGAUCGUAAUACUCUUUUCCUUACAACAAGUUUGCCUUGCCUCUCCUCACCUCAGGGUGGAUUGGGAGAGGUGGGGGAGGUGGAGGGGGAUUACCCCUCCUCUCCAAAUAUGGAGAUAGUUCCUUCUGUUGUCCAGGAUCCUAAUACAGAGCAGAUUUUGCUGUCGGAAUUUAACAACUUUAUCACAGAUUGGUGAUGAAAUCACCAGGUUGAUGGUGAAAAAAUAGACCCUACCUCUGAA